CUGCGCUGAGGAGGCCGGGCGGCUCGGUCCCCCUGCAGACGUCCUUGAGCCCCGGAGACGGAAGUGAGCGGGGUUUUCACUCCUCAUGCAAAACAACCGUCUAAACAUAAUAGAUGACAUCAGCGAGGGCUUUUCAAUUCCUGGAUGGCAGCGGCGAGCUAACCCGGCUUCAUCCUGGGUUUCCAAACCGAAACGACAGCCUGGCAGGGACGCAGCGGCUGCUGCCUGAGGGGACCUGCCGGGGGCCGGGGCGACCGGCGCACCUAAAACCCGCACGUGGGCACGGGCUCGGCUCGGCUCAGCUCCCCUGGGCGCCAGCCGGGACCCCACCAGGAGGAGGAGGAGGAGGAGGAGCCCAGCCCCCGGGAAGCAUGCGGGCCUGCCUGCUGCUGCUGGCCACCCUCCUGGUCCCCGCGCCCCUGGUGCCCGCGCCCCUGGUGCCCGCACCCCCGGCCCGGAGCAGCGGGUAUGCGGUGGACUGCCCGCAGCGCUGCGACGCCCCGUGCGCCAGCGGCCGGCGCUGCCCGAGGACGGUGCUGGACGACUGCGGCUGCUGCCGCGUCUGCGCGGCCGAGCGCGGGCACACCUGCUACCGCACCGUCGUGGGCAUGGACGGCGCCAAGUGCGGCCCGGGGCUGAGGUGCCAGUUCUACAGCGAGGAGGAUGCGUUCGGCGACGAGUACGGCAUCUGCAAAGACUGCCCCUUCGGCACCUUCGGGAUGGACUGCAGGGAGACCUGCCACUGCCCGCUGGGCGUGUGCGACAGGGUGACCGGCCGGUGUCUGCAGCACCCCUUCCUCCAACAGGCGGCCGCCAGGUCCCCCGACAGAGGCGCUCCCCGCGCAGAGCCUGACGCCGGGUCUGGCGACGGCGACGCCGUGACGCAGGACCUCCGGAGCCAGCCCGCCGCCCGCUCUCCCGGCACCAAGCGGUUAGAGCCCCGCUGACCCCGCGGGCGCUCCGAGCGAAGCCUGUUUGAAGGAGCAUCCGACCCCCAGCCGACACUUAGGAACCUCCGCUUGUAGCAUAGGCCGCGUACCUUCUGGAGACCAAGCAGGACUCAGGGCGGCCCAGAAGGAAGAGCAGGCUACUCACACCCGCGCAGCGCCGCCGGAACCCUUAGGCUUCGCCACGUAUUCGAACGCAUGCAGCCGUGUCACAUUCGCGUGUAGAGUAGUGCCGAAGGACCGCAACGCAGCCAGGCCACGCGGGCGGGUCAGCCGAGGAGACAGCC